AUCCAUCAUUUCUUCCCAUAAGGCCUCUCUGCUGUGCUACCAAACCGCCCCUCCCGCCAUUUCGACGACCCUCCUCUCCUUUCUUUCUCUCAGUAAUUUCAUCAAACACCUUCCGCUCCUGCAACUCGCAGGGACGCCAUGGAUCCGCCUCCAAGCCUCCCUCCCUUCCCCUUCCCUCCCCAAAACCCCGCGCCGCCCGCGCCGCCUCCUCCUCCUCUCGCCGCCGCCGUCUCCUCCCUCGACCGCCUCAUCGCCGCCUCGGCUCGAGCCCUAGGCUCCCUCUCCGCCCUGCUCCCGCCGAACCCCCCGGUGGGCUCCGACCUCGCCGCUUGCCCUUCCAACCCCCACCACCGCAUGCCUCCCGAAUCCCUCUUCCGCCACUACCUCACCUGCCCCGCCCCUCUCGAUUUGGGUUCCUCCGUGCAGUCUCUCGGCUACCCGAGAACCUCGGAGUCCUCGGACGACAACCCCCGGUUCGCCGGAGCGGUCGGCGGUCCCGGCAGUGAGCUCUGCCUCGCGCUGGAUGGCUACGGCGAUUUCAGGUCUAACUUUUUUUACGUGGAUUGUCCCGGUGCUGUCGCUUUUCCUAUCGAGGAUAGUGAUAGUAGGAGCACGUUUACAUUACCUGGUGUUCUGUCGAUCGAAUGCGGUAAUUUCGGUACUGAUGGUGAUGUGGGUGUUGAAGAAGUUGAGAAUUUGCGCGUUAGUGUUCUGCCCUCGGAGCUGUGGAGCGGUCAGAGAGAAAUCGAGGCAUGGAGUGAUUAUCCGAAUGGGUAUUCGUACAAUGUGCUUAGGGUGAUUUCGGGGGUGGGGUUGGUUAAAGAGAGUGCUUUGAGGAGAUGGGUUAUUGUUAAUUCUCUGCGAUGUGGCGUGGUUAUUGAUGUGGCUAUGGGGGAUCAUAUUUUUGUGCUGUUUGCUCUGUGUUUGAAAGCGAUUGUAAGGGAAGGUGUUAGUUUGCUGAAGACAAGGGAUUUGAAAGGGAAUAAAGGGAGUUCAAUUGAGUUUAAGUGUCCCAAUUUGAUCCAGGUUAUGAUGUGGUUGGCGUCUCGGCUUUCUGUUUUGUAUGGCAAGGUGAAUGCAAAGUUCUUUGCUAUUGACAUGCUUAAGAAGUGCUUAGUGGAUGCUGCGUCGCAUUUGUUACUGGACUAUUUGGAGCAGGAGGAUGCAUCCACCGAUAAAAAUGAAAGCACGCAUGAAAGAGAUGCUGGGGGUAUCAAGAAGCAGCUUGAUAUUGAAGUGGAUGGAGUAGAUGGAAUGGUGGUUGGAAACAUCAAUAAGAAGGUGAUUUUUGUGUCCCAGGUAGCUGCUGCUGUUGCAGCAUUGCAUGAGAGAUUCUUACUUGAAGUAAAAAUUACGGCGUUACGGCAUUCUCAACAGCCUUCUAGAUAUCAGCGAAUGAUCAAGCACGGUGAAAUAACCAAGAAAGCCGAUGACGAGCGAGAAAAACGUCCUGAUUACAAACCUAUCAUAGACCACGAUGGCCUUCCUCGGCAGUGGUCAUCUAAUCAGGAAACGGGCAAGGCAAAGACUAGAGAGGAACUAUUGGCUGAAGAAAGAGAUUACAAGCGCAGAAGAAUGUCAUAUCGUGGCAAGAAGUCGAAGCGCAAUAUUUCUGAGGUGAUGAGAGAUAUAAUAGAGGAAUAUAUGGAGGAAAUUAAGCAAGCUGGAGGUAUUGGAUGCUUCGAGAAAGGUGCUCCUGCUGGGGUUCAAUCAAAUGAAGUACCUUCAUCAGAUGCAAUUCCUGCAAAUGGCACCUUUGAGUUGUGUUAUGAACCUGAAGGGUACCCUGUUUAUUCUCAGAGAGGAUUAUGGACUAAUCAUGAAGUCACAUCUACUUCUAAUGUCAUUGGGGAUACUUAUUCUGAACAUGGGAAGUCCAGAGGAAGGUAUUCUCAUGAAGAUCAACGUAAGAGUACUGGAGUGUACAAGCGUGAGAGACACUAUUAUUCCCGAAGUCCAGAAAGGAGUGCUCAAAGUCUUUCACAUAAGCAUACUAGUCGUAGGAUAGAAAGAGAAGAUGCAGAACUGACUAUUGAAAAACAUCAAGAGAUCAAAAGGUCAUACUCUGGUAGAUCCUACCGAGGUGAGGACAAUUCAUCUUCUAGAAGUGAUGUAGGUGGAAUGACUGGAGUCGAGACUCCAGAGAUAGAAGGUGCAAGAGACUCGUGGAAGACAUAAUUCAGACUUCCCGCUUCAUGGUUUUGAGGAUAGAUAUGAUCCUUAUAAGUCAGACGACCUAUCUGAAGAGUAGACGUUUGUGCUGGUAAAUGAAGUAGCCACUAGAAUGAGGUUAAUAGUGAAAGGCCAAA